CAGAGUUUUGGAGUUUUGAGGGGCAGGGAGGAAACUCGUUGGCAACCGGGAAAGUACUGUGAUACAUACAGUCUAUGGAUACAACAGGUGGUAAACAAAUGUUCUGCCCGGAGAAGUAAUAACAGUGAUGAAUGAAGAUGGCUGUGUUUGAACUGUACACCGAGUACAAUCGAGUGUGGAUACCAGAUACAGACCAAGUGUGGCAAUCAGCUGAGAUCAGGAGAGACUUUAACUUUGGGGAUAAGGUUCUUAAACUGCUUCUUGAAGAUGGCACAGAGUACAACCACCCCGUGGACCCAUCUAAACCUCAGCUCCCUCCUCUACGUAACCCGGACAUCUUGGUGGGGGAGAACGACCUCACGGCUCUCAGUUACCUGCAUGAGCCUGCGGUCCUGCACAAUCUUAAAGUGCGAUUCAUGGAGUCCAGAAUCAUCUACACCUACUGUGGUAUCAUCCUGGUGGCUGUUAAUCCAUACAAACAGCUUCAUAUCUAUGGGGAUGCAAUUAUUCAUGCCUACUCAGGCCAGAACAUGGGAGACAUGGACCCUCAUAUAUUCGCAGUGGCAGAGGAGGCUUACAAACAGAUGGCCAGAAACCACAAGAACCAGUCCAUCAUCGUUAGUGGGGAGUCUGGAGCCGGGAAAACAGUGUCCGCUCGAUACGCGAUGAGGUACUUUGCUGUUGUAAGCAAAUCUGGAAGCAAGACUCGAGUUGAAGACAAAGUCCUGGCAUCCAAUCCCAUAACAGAGGCGAUAGGAAAUGCCAAGACCACGAGGAACGACAACAGCAGCCGUUUUGGGAAAUACACGGAGAUCAGUUUUGACAAAAAAUUUCGGAUCAUUGGAGCAAACAUGCGGACAUAUCUACUCGAGAAAUCCAGAGUUGUUUUUCAGGCAGACGACGAGCGAAACUAUCACAUAUUCUACCAGAUGUGCUCCUGUGCUCACCUGCCAGAGUUUAAGAGUCUGAGACUGAUGAGUGCAGAGAAGUUUCAGUACACCUGCAUGGGUGGUGACAUCACUAUUGAAGGUGUAGACGACAAGAAAGACAUGGAGGAAACUCGACGGACCUUCUCACUUUUGGGGUUAAAGGAGGACUUUCAGGCAGAUGUGUUCAAAGUUUUGGCAGCCAUCUUGCAUCUGGGAAAUGUUGAAAUCAAAAACUCAAGAGGCGACAAGUCAUCAGUUUCUCUCAGUGAUCCACACCUGGCAGUCUUCUGUGAGCUGCUCGCUGUGAGCACAGAGGAGAUGGUGCUUUGGCUAUGCCAUCGGAGGAUUGUGCUGGUGGCUGAGACGGUGGUGAAGCCAGUGCCUAAAGAGAAGGCGGUGAAUGCCAGAGACGCUCUAGCCAAGCAGAUCUACGCCCAUCUAUUCGACUGUGUUAUUAACAGAAUUAACACAGCUCUAAAGGUCCCAGGAAAGCAGCAUGCGUUCAUAGGUGUUCUGGACAUCUAUGGCUUUGAAACCUUUGACAUCAACAGCUUUGAACAGUUUUGCAUCAACUACGCGAAUGAAAAGCUUCAACAGCAGUUCAACUUGCAUGUGUUCAAACUGGAGCAAGAGGAGUACAUGAGGGAGGGUAUCCCCUGGACGCUGAUCGAUUUUUAUGACAACCAGCCGGUCAUUGAUCUGAUUGAAGCAAAGCUGGGGAUCCUGGACUUGCUGGAUGAAGAAUGUUUGUUUCCCCAAGGCACUGAUCAAAGCUGGCUGCAGAAGCUGUUCAACUACCUCAUGUCCAACCCUCUGUUUGAGAAGCCCAGGUUAUCAAAUGAAGCCUUUGUGAUUCAACAUUUUGCAGACAAGGUGGAAUACCAGUGCAGAGGUUUCCUCGAAAAGAACAGAGACACUCUCUAUGAGGAACUAGUUGACACUAUGAGAACCAGUAAGUUUCCCUUUCUGGCCAACUUUUUCCAAGAGGAGGAGCUUCAUGCUGUGAACAGUAAAGGUGUCAGAGUGAGGCCCGCCAGGCCUGGAGUGAAGGCAGCCAAUAAACAGCUGAGAUCCUCUGUGGGAGAUAAGUUCUGCAGCUCCCUUUCUUUACUAAUGGAAACACUGAACGCCACCACCCCUCACUAUGUGCGCUGCAUUAAGCCCAAUGAUGAAAAGCUUGCAUUUGAAUAUGACUCAAGGAGGGUGGUGCAGCAGCUGCGAGCAUGCGGAGUCCUUGAAACUAUUCGUAUCAGUGCACAGAGCUACCCCUCCAGGUGGACAUAUAAUGAGUUUUAUAGCAGAUACAGCAUCCUAAUGUUGCAUCUGGAGGCUGACCUCAGUGACAAGAAACAGACCUGCAAGAACGUUCUGCAGAGGCUGAUUCAGGACCCCAACCAGUAUAAGUUUGGUCGGACAAAGAUCUUCUUCAGAGCUGGUCAGGUGGCAUAUCUGGAGAAACUGCGUCUGGACCGCCUGAGAGGAGCCUGUGUGACCAUCCAGAAACAUGUUCGUGGGUGGAGCCAGAGGAGGAAGUACCUGCGCAUGAGAGAGGCAGCAGUCAUCCUCCAGCAAUAUGUCCGCGGGCAGAGGACAAUCCGUAAAACAGUGACUGCUGCCACACUGAAGCAGGGCUGGGCAACGCUGGUGAUCCAGAGACACUGGAGAGGUUACCGCAUGAGGCAGAUCUACAAGGUUGUAUGCCUGGCUUCCAUCACCAUCCAGGCCUUCACACGAGGAUGGAUGGCUCGCAAACAGUACAAAAAGAUGAUGAAGGAACACAAAGCUCUAAUUCUACAGAAGUACGCCCGAGCAUGGCUGGCACGCCGGCGAUUCCAAACCAUGCGCCGUUUGGUGCUCAAUGUGCAGCUUUCCUACAGGGUGCAGCAGCUCCGAAAGAAGAUAGAAGAGCAGAGCAAGGAGAACUGUGGAUUAGUAGAGAGGCUGACAACCUUGGCCACGUCUCACUCUCAAACUGUGGACAAGCUUCGGGGACUGGAGGUAAACCUGGAAAAAACCACGCACCUGAAGGCGUCUGUGGAGGCGAGGGAGAAGAAAGCAAAAGAAGAAGCUGGUGUGGCAAUCACAUCUCUUCGAAAGGACUUGGAUGCACUAAAACUUGAAAAGGAGAAAUUAGAGAAAAAGUUUGAAGCUUCCACCAAUGAGGCCAAAGAGAACUUUGAGCAACUCAAGAGCAGCCUUCUGGAAGAGAAAGAGUAUGAAGCGAGACUUAGAAAGGUUGCAGAAAACAACAGUGAGAUCCAGAAACAGGAUCACGAGUACGAGGUGGAAACUCUUAAAGAAGAGUUAAAGAGACUGAAGGAAGACCGAGUUAGUCUGCAGAGGAAGAUUGAGGAGGCAGAGCAGGUGAACUCUGACCUGCAGGAGCAGGUCAUCCGACUCACCAAACACGUCAAAGUCAUCCCAGAGCUACGCCGCGAUCUCAACAACCUGCAAAACCAGAGAAAUAACAUAGAUCGAAAGAUGAGGCAGCAGUCAGAACAAGCAAGAGUGAGAAUGACAGAUAUCACAAGGCAACUUCUUGGAGGGGUUGUUGAACAGGAGGUUCUUUUAGGGCUGAGUCCAGACAGCUCAGAGAUUAGUGAAGUUGAAGAUAUGGUGGCAGCCUUUGAAGGUCUACAGAAAGCUACAAGGAUACUUGAGACCCACCAAAAAGAGCAGAAGGAAAAAUAUGAAACCCAAGCGGAAGGCUUCAAAUUGAAAAUGGAGCAUCUUCAAAAUGAGAACAGCAAGUUGCAAAACCUGUUUCAGGAAAAAAGUAAUGUCAACGAAAACAUUCGCCUAGAGGUGUCAAGGCUGAGCAGCGAGAACUCAAUCAUACCAGAGCUGAAGCUGCAGAUUUCUGACCUGCAGAGACAAAAGCAGGAAGUGGAGGCCCAUGUGGAGGAGCAGAAGAAAGAAUUAGACGAAAAAACAGAUGAGAUCUCAAAUGUUCUCCAAAAGAAGAUACAGGAGGAGAGCUCACAAUGCAGGCACUUUGAGGAGAAAGCCCAAGUGCUCGAGGAGCAGAAGAGGGAGCUUCAAGAACAGGCGGAGGAGCUUGAAGAGGAGAACGACCACUUUAAAAGACAGCACCAGAUGGAGAGCGAGGCCAAGAGCAAAAUGAGACAGGAGAUUUCACGGUUAACCAUGGAAAAUAUGGACUAUGAAGAGCAGCUCGACCACAAAGAUAGACUGAUUAAGAAACUCCAGAGUCAAAUGAAAAGCCUUGAAACAUCACACAGAGCAAAGCCAACCUCUGCGCCGGCCAGUCCUAAAGAUUUCCUCGGCAUGUUAGAGUACAAACGAGAGGAUGAACCCAGGCUCAUUCAAAACAUCAUCCAGGACCUGAAGCCCAGAGGUGUGGCGAUCAAUAUGUUCCCCACUCUGCCAGCCUACAUCCUCUUUAUGUGCGUCCGCCAUGUCGACUACCUGAACGAUGAUGCCAAACUCAAAUCUCUGAUGAAUGGAAUUAUUGGGGGUGUCAAAAAGGUCAUCCUGAGUUUCCAAAAAGACUUGGACUUGCUGUCAUUCUGGCUCUCAAACACGUACCAGCUGCUCAACUGUCUGAAGCAGUACAGCGGGGAGGAGGAGUUCAUGAAACAGAGUACUCCCCGGCAGAAAAAGAACUGCCUGCAGAAUUUUGAUUUGUCAGAGCACAGACAGAUUCUCAGCGACCUCGCCAUCCACAACUACCAUCAGUUUAUUACAGUCAUGGAAAAGAGCCUCACUCCUGCAAUUGUGCCAGGUAUGUUGGAGCAUGAGAGUUUGCAGGGGAUCUCCAGCAUGAAGCCAACGGGCGUCAGGAAGCGUUCAAAUAGCAUCUACGAGGACUCAGAAACCUUCACCAUCUCCUCCAUCAUCCAGCAGCUCAGCGCCUUCCUCAACACUAUGACCCAGCAUGGCAUGGAGCAGGGCCUCAUCAGACAGGUCGUCAAGCAGCUCUUCUUCCUGGUUGGUGCCAACACCCUCAAUAACAUCAUGCUCCGAAAAGAUAUGUGCUCCUGCAGGAAAGGGAUGCAGAUCAGGUGCAACAUCAGUUACCUGGAGGAGUGGCUGAAAGAGAAGGAAAUGCAAAGCUCUCAUGCUAUAGACACUCUGAAGCCUCUGUCUCAGGCUGCCUGGCUGCUGCAGGUCAAGAAAAUUACUGAUGACGACGCCAAGGAGAUCGCCGAAAACUGCACAGAACUCAACACUGUUCAGAUUGUCAAGAUUUUGAACUCCUACACACCCAUUGAUGAUUUUGAGAAGAGGGUGUCUUCGUCGUUUGUCCGCAAAGUUCAGUCAUUACUCCACGAUCGGGACAGCUCCUCGCAGCUGAUGUUGGACUCAGACUAUCGCUUCCAGGUCACGUUUCCCUUCUGCCCGUCCUCACAGGCUCUGGAGAUGCUGCAGGUCCCAAGCAGCCUUCAUCUGGAUUUCCUCAGCAGGAUCUGACCCAGCUUGCCUUCAAAAUUUUACUUUUCAUGAAUGAUUCACAGUCAAAUGUCCUGUGGCUGUAUUUUAUUGUAUAUUGUAUAUAUAUUUUAACACUUUUAACAUUGUAUUAAUAUAAUAAACUAUUUAGACUUUUUGA